UAAUUAAUCAUAAUAAGUGCUAAAAUAUGUCAAUCAGCAAAUUUAAACAUUCUUUAUUCAGUAUAAGAUAUACUACAUUAUACUAUAAACCAAUUAGGCAUAUAGCUAGUAAUAUUUUUCAAGAUAAGUAUGAUGUAAUUGUGGUUGGUGGUGGACAUGCUGGCACAGAAGCAUGUGCAGCUGCGGCAAGAAUUGGUGCAAAGACCCUUCUUGUAACGCAUAAAAAAAGUACAAUAGGAGAAAUGUCAUGUAAUCCAUCUUUUGGUGGAAUUGGCAAAGGGCAUUUAAUGAGAGAGGUGGAUGCAUUGGAUGGUGUUUGCUGUCGUAUUUGUGAUAUAUCUGGAGUUCACUACAAAAUUCUUAAUAAACGAAAAGGGCCAGCAGUUUGGGGUUUAAGAGCCCAAAUAGAUCGAUCACUCUACAAAAAAAAUCUUCAAGCAGAACUCUUCUCAACGCCUGGACUGGAAAUAUGUGAAUCGGCUGUAGAAGAUUUAAUCCUGGAAGAGGAUUCGUUUAAAUGUUCUGGAAUUAUUCUCAAGGAUGGUAUGAAAAUAUUCAGUGAUACAGUUGUGAUUACUACGGGCACUUUCCUAAAAGGACAAAUAAAUAUUGGAUUAGAAACACGACCAGCAGGUCGAAUCGGUGAUGAACCUAGCAUUGGCUUAGCAAAUACUUUGGAAAGAUUAGGUUUCCGCAUGGGCAGGUUAAAAACUGGUACACCACCCCGACUGGAAAAAUCUACAAUUGACUUCACAAAAUGUCAAAUUCAGUUGCCGGAUGACCCACCGGAGCCAUUUUCUUUUUUGAAUGAUCGCGUUUGGAUACCUGCGGAUCAACAAUUACCUUGUUACCUAACAAAAACCAAUGAAGGUGUUGCCAAAAUCAUAAAGGACAAUUUACAUUGUAAUCGACACGUUACCGAAGAGGUAACAGGUCCAAGAUAUUGUCCUAGUAUUGAGAGUAAAAUUCUACGCUUUGGCAUAACGGAACAUUACAUAUGGUUAGAGCCGGAAGGUAUGGAUUCGCCAUUGAUAUAUCCGGGUGGAAUGUCAUGUACGUUGCCGGCAGAUAAACAGGAACAAUUGGUCAAAUGUAUUCCAGGAUUAGAAAAUGCAAAACUAGUAAAACCUGGAUAUGGAGUGGAAUACGAUUACAUUGAUCCAAGAGAAUUGAAUUACGAAUUAGAGACGAAAAAAGUACCAGGCUUAUUCUUGGCUGGUCAAAUAAAUGGUACAACUGGAUACGAAGAAGCUGCAGCACAGGGAAUUGUCGCAGGUGCAAAUGCAGCUGCGCGGGUUUUACGGAAGCCACCGCUUAUUAUAAAUCGUACUGAGGGUUAUAUUGGAGUCUUAAUCGAUGAUCUCACCACUCAAGGAACAAUCGAGCCAUAUCGAAUGUUCACAAGUCGAGCCGAAUUUCGGUUGAGUCUACGUCCUGACAAUGCUGAUCAAAGACUUACCGAAAAGGGCUACUUGACUGGCUGUGUUUCACAAACUCGUUACGACGUUAUGCUACGCAUGCAAACAAAAAUGCAAGAGGCAAUUCAAAUUUUGAAAUCAGUAAAAAAGCCAAUAAACCAAUGGCGGCGAUUGCUUCGAAUAAAAAUAUGUAAGAAUCCAUCGGAAACUACAGCAUUUGGCAUUUUGAGCAUGGUUAAUGACGAUAUAUCUUUUGGGAAUAUUAUUAACAUAAUACCAGAUCAACUGGCACAAUUUUCAGGAGACUCAUCUUUGGCCAAAAGAAUUAAGAUCGAAGCUAUGUAUGCCAAUGCAGUCAAAAGUCAACUGGAAGAAGUCCAUGAAAUAAGACGACAUGAAAGCAUCUUUAUUCCAAAGGACAUUAACUAUGCUUCAAGCUCACUGUGUCUCUCCUCUGAAGAAACGGAGAAGUUAGCAGCAGCACAACCACAAACUAUUGCCGCAGCAAGCAGAAUUGCUGGUGUCACGCCGUCAGCCGUACUGCGACUCUUAAAAUAUGUAAAACACACUACCAACCACAAACUAGCCGAACCACAAUAAAGAGUUUAAUAUGCAAAACACUAUUCAUAUUUUAUCCGCAUUGACCAAAGGAAAAAAAAGUUGCCCCUUAUGCAGUAAGAAACAACAAUGGAAGUUGAUAAAGCAAUUUAUAUCGAUGACGUAUCAAAUAAUACAUAUUAUUACAGCAAUCUCGAGACUUUAUCAGUUAGUAAAUAAGUCUCUACCAUUUAUGAACCUUCCAAGAAAAGCCCUUUAAAAAUCGAUAAAGUGUAUCGACCUCUAUUGUGCACAAUUAUCAGCAUUCACUGACGAUUAUCAAUAUUUAUAAAACAGAUGGAGAGCGAUAGACGAUCGUUGACUGGUAAUCGAUUUCAAGAAUGAUUAUCAGAACUAUUAUGAAGAAAUAAUGAUUUCUUAACAUAAACAGAAGGUUACCGCUGCACGUAGCAAUUGCAAUCAUUAUAAUAUACAUUAUAUACCAUAUUAUUAGGAAGUAUAGCACUUUACAGGAUAUCAGUAAAAAAUUGAAAAAAAAGUCAAGUCGAAAAUAAAUCCACGACUGAACGUACUAAUCGACAAGUUUGAUUGAAGAAAAAAAUAUAUAAAACGGCAGAAAAUCAUGAAA